ACAGGAAAGGUUCAAUGUGUUUACAGUGAAUAUAAUGACACUCACAGCAUCAUUUUGACAAAUGUGACAGAAGCUGAUAAACACAUCUACUACUGCAGAUUUACAACAAACUGUGGAUACAACUGUGAAUAUAAUGUAUGGAUUCCUGGUGUUCAGCUUGAUGUCACAGACCUGCAGGUGGAGACAAAUCAGAGAGUGAAAGAGGGAGAUUCAGUGACUCUUACAUGUAAAACCACCUGCAGUCUGACUGAAGAAACAACAUUCAUCUGGUACCGAUACAUAGAUAAAUUCACUAAAGGAAGAAUUACAUUGAAUCAACUUCACCUGCAGUCAGUCAGUCGUGAUGAUUUUGGAGUUUAUAGAUGUGCUGCUGCUGUAAGAGGAUCUGAAAGUCUUCUGUUCUCUCCUGGUAUUCAUCUUACAGUAUAUCAUCUUGAUCAGCCAGAUUGGGGAGUGAAUUACAGUGCUUCAUAUGUUUGUGCAUUAAGAGGAUCAACUGUGAGAAUAAACUGUACUUUAAAAUAUCCAUCUGGCCAUGUGGUCAAUGAAGCCUUCUGGACCAAAGCUAUUGAACUUCAUACGGCAGAACCAAACCUGUGUGUGGACCCAAAAUACAAAAGAGGAGUUUGUCAAAGAGAAAAUCAAGACAUUCACAGCAUUACUUUAACAAAUGUAACAGAAACUGAUAAACGCAUCUACUACUGCAGAUUUAUAACAAACCAAACAAGUGGUAAAUGGAGAGGAGUUCCUGGAGUUCAGCUUGAUGUCACAGACCUGCAGGUGGAAACAAAUCAGCGAGUGAAAGAGGGAGAUUCAGUGACUCUUACAUGUAAAACCACCUGCAGUCUGACUGAAGAAACAACAUUCAUCUGGUACAGAAACACAGAGAGAUUCACUAAAGGAAUAAAAACAUUGAAUCAACUUCACCUGCUGUCAGUCAGUCGUGAUGAUUCAGGAGUUUAUAGAUGUGCUGCUGCUGUAAGAGGAACUGAACGUCUUCUGUCCUCUCCUGAUGUUUAUCUUAGUGUUGAGUAUCCUCCUGAGAAAACUUUAGUGUCCAUCAGUGGAUCUGGUGAAAUAAUGGAGGGUGAUUCAGUGACUCUGACCUGCAGCAGUAAAUCAAAUCCACCUGUUCAGAUCUACAGCUGGUUUAAGGUGAAUGAAACAUCAUCUGUUGGAUCUGGACAGACGUACAGCAUCACUAACAUUAACUCCAGUCACAGUGGAUGGUUUUACUGUGAGGCUCAGAGUAAAUAUGGAUCUCAGAGAUCUGCUGCUGUAUUAGUCAUUGUUAAAGGGGUUCAGGGUUCUGCUCUGUACACAGUUAUUGGGAUUGUGGCAGGAUGUGGUGGUCUGUUCUUCAUCAUCAUCUUCAUCAUCCUGUUUAUACGGAAGAAGAGAAGAGCAGGUGGAUCUGAAGCUUACAGGCAAAAUCAGGACAAUGACUUUAACGUAUCAGCAGGAGCAACUUCAGCCAACGAUGUUCCACUUUACUCACGAAUAUCAACCAAACAGAAUGGGGCGUCAGAGACCACUGAUGCUGCUGAGGUUCAAUAUUCCAGUGUUCAACACUUCAGAAAGAAAAAGAUGAAUGACUCUGGAGAGAAGGACUGUCAGUAUAUGAACUUUGAAAAGCAUCAUACAUCUGAUCCUCACGGGUUGACUGAUGUGAUCUACAGUUCAGCCAGAUGAUGUCAGAUCUCUGAGGUCUGUGUGUCUAAGAAAUAACCUCACUAAUAUGAGUGUUUCAGCUGUGCGUUUUCUUUAUCUGGCCAGAGGAGGGCGAUACCACACCUUUAAAGCUUUUUGACAAGAUUGUGCACAAAAAAAAACUUGUAAAAACUAAGCUAACCUUGACUGUGUUUCAGAUCAUAGUGAUCAUCUUCUGUCUGAUUUCUUUUCACCAUGGAGACACUGAAGCUUUAAUGCAUAACAAGCUACUGUUUAUUAAUCUAAGCGCAGUCUUUAGCAUGUCAUUUCAUUGACCGAAAUUAACAGAAUGUAUACAUAUUAUUAGGCAACCCCAUGAUUCAUCUGAAAUCUGUAGAUAUUUGAUUAUAAUAUUAAGGUUAAUAACAAUGAAAUAUUUUUGCAUCUAUAACAAGCAAAAAGAAAUGUAAGCAUUGAAUAGAGUCAAGAUGUUUUACAUGCAUCAAGAGAAUUGUCAAAAGUGAGAUUUUGGGUUUAUGUGUUUUAAACCUCAAGAGAAACAAAAAUAUCUGGUAUCACUUAACAAUUUAGUUCCCAUAAAGUGAUCUCUUCAGAGAAAGACAAAAUAUAAACUUUUGCAUUGUAAAAAGUAUUGGGGAAACUUUGAAGCUAUAUACUCAGUAGUCCUUUUAGUUUUAAUGCUUGUGUAAACAGAUGUCUGUAUUUGGCCAAUCAUUUGACAUACUGUACUGUAUUCUCGUUUUCUCUGUAUUGUUUUAUUUGAUUAUUAUUUUAAGAGAACGUUCAAUGUAUUCAAAUAAAACAACAAGAGCAUAAUGGCAUUAUCUGUCAUGUUUUCACAGAUAAAUUAAUGGCUACAGUCCUUUCAUGGUGUAUUACAAAAGGUCCUAACUUUAUAAUCUCAUAUCAUAAACAUUAAAAGUGGCACAUAUUAAAACGGCCACCCUUCACUUUCCUACAAAGUUGGUUCAACUUAAAAUUGUAAUUUAUUGGGUUCCCUUAAUAUUUUGACUUAACUUAUUUUGAAAAUAUUAGUGGACAUAACAAUUUUUACUUUUUUUAGGUAACCAGGUAACUUUUUAAAUUAAAGCAAUAAAUCAGUUUGAAUAAAAGUGUCUGAUGUAAUGAAUGUAAGUGCUGAUGAUUGUGAUUUAGGAUUUCAUAACUACAGAUAAAAUAACUUUUUGUGAGAUAAUCCUAAAUCAGGAGAUUUGCUAUUGUUGCUUUGAUUCUGUGCACACGUGCAUUAUACAGAUGUCUUUGGCCAUUUAAUCCUUUUGCUAUAGUCAGCUUCUCACUCUGUCAGUAUUGCUUUUUUAAGAAAACAGUUGAAGAGCAUCCACAUUCUGUUGUAUGCACAAUGCAAAAGCACAUCCUGUUUAAACGCCCCAUAAACAAACACUUGACC